AUGGCCUCGAACCCGCAAAAUAGGACGGCAACCAGCCUGGACAGCAGCAGCCGCGACGGUGAUCUGGUCGGGAGGAAGGUUGGCAGUCGCGAUGGAAGGUCCGGCGGAGCUUUGGUCCAUGGCCAUGGCGUCCUGCACGGGAACAGAGAGGGAGAGAGAAAGGAGGAGGAGGGCGCUACCGCGCUGGGCACGGCUGACCGACAGAGGAGGUCGGCGGCGGCCUGCAGGAGCGCAGGCGGUGACCGGAGGCGGGGUGAAUGUGGGGGAAGCGCAAGGGAGGAGCGGCGAUGCGAGCGCCUCCUCCUCUGUCCCUCUAUCCCUAACCCUAACCCAGGCGACGGCGCCGUUGCCCGCGGCUCUCCCUUCACCGACGGCGCCAUCUGGUCCGAGUCCGAGCUGGAGGAGCACGUGUACGUCGGGGAGGCAGCAAGGCCAGCACGCCGUCGGUCCGUCCUUCCCUGGUUCCUCACCGAGCGCCACGAAGAGGAAAAGAUAAUGGUGAAGGAGAAGGGGAAUGAGAAGGGAAAGGGUGCUGGUAAGGAGAAUGCGAAGGCGAAGGCAAAGGAGAAAAGCGUGAAUUACCUAAAGUGGGCCUUUGGAGAACUAUAUGGAGAAGGAAGUACGAGGUUUAGGACUGAGAUCAAAAUCGUGGAGAAAGAGUUGGCGGCCUUGUAUGACAAAUGUGUUGCUCAAGAUAAGCGAGCUGGAAAUGGAGAAAGUUCAUCUUCCUCUACAAACAUUCCUAGUAUCCCGGUUCAAGCUGGGUACGAGUCCUUCUUAUCGUCUCGUUCAACAAGAAUAUCAAAGAGUGAGUUGAGGAACUACUUAGAGGAUCAGAUUGCCGCUCGCGACAAGGCUCUUGAUCUUCUUGGUUGGUGGAAAGACAAUGCUCCUAGGUACCCAAUUAUGGCCAAGAUAGCCAGGAGGUUCCUUACUAUCCCGGCUACCUCCGUGUCUUCGGAAUCUACCUUCAGCACGACCGGAAGGAUUUUAGAUGACUAUAGGAGUUCGUUAAAACCGGUUAUGGUGGAGGCAUUAGUUUGUGGUGCAAGUUAUAUCAAGGGUGCUCACAUUGACUUGAAUCUGGUGCCGAGGGAUGAGAAUGAAGAGGAUGAUGUUGAGAACAUCAAGUUACCCAUUGUGGUGGAGGAGAUCAACGAUUGGUAA